AUGUCGCCUGGUUGUUUGUCUGCUCAAGGGGACCUUGCCGUGGCGGAUACCCCUGCAGCAGCCGAAGCCUGCGCACCUGGGGAAGAAACAGCACCAGAACCAUCAACAGAUGUGCCAUUCGGAAAAAUUGCGGCAGGAGCACCUGCAGCAAUGGAAAGUGACGCAUUCGUGCAUCUGGACAAGACCGUCUUUAAUAAAUAUGAAGAUGUCACCUGUCUUCGAGUGCCUUUGCACCAGCUGCAAGAGCUGUCCAAGGCGUUAAGGAAGUACCUUUUCAAGCGGAGGAACGUGAGGCCCAUUAUAUUGGACAUUUUGGAGAGCUCGCAGAAGGGGGGGCCGCAACGAGAGAGCCAACGUGAGCAGCUUGAGGCUGCGCAGCAGGAGGAACAACCUGAGGAGGAGAUGGAGAAGCAGAAGAAGGCUGGAAAGGUCCUCAAUGUGGCUGAGCUAGAGGGACUGCCAGAGUCCCUACAGAGUCUCUUGAAGGAGACAGACAUUCAAGUCUUGCGGCAUCGCGUAUUUCUUGGUUAUGAAAACCUAUCCGUCGUGGAGUGCCUGGCGGCGUUGUUGCCUGAAGGCGUGGAAACGCCACACCGAUUCGAAUGUGUAGGCCACAUCGCCCACCUCAACCUGCCCUCCUCUCUGUUGAAAUUCAAAUACGCCAUCGGCCAAGUUAUCUUGGAUAAACACCCCCAGCUGCGCACGGUGGUUCUGAAGACGGGCAUUGGCUCGAAGUGGAGAGAACUGCAAUUCGAACUAAUCGCGGGGGAAGCAGCAUACGUUGCUAAAGUUAAGGAAGCUGACCUUGUCUUCGAAGUUGAUUAUGCCAAGGCAUUCUGGAACUCCAGGUAUUCAGGGGAAGUAGGAGCGGAGGCAGUUGGUUCAGAAAGUCAGGCAGUGGCAGCGGCACCAGCGGUGGAUGCGUUUGCCGGCGUUGGAGCAUUCGCUGUCUUCCUAGCGCGCACCGGCUGCGUCGUCGCCGCAAAUGAUGGCAACCCCUCAUCGGCAGCUAGCAUGCAAGCGAACGUCAAGAGAAAUGGAGUAGCGAAUUUGGUGGAUGUACACAAUCAAGACGCUCGGGACUUCCUUCGGUCGCAGGCACAGCCAGCCGCAAUUGCUGCUCUCCAGCGGAAGCGCUUGCAAGCAGGCGGAACCCCGUCCAAUGCGAAAGAUGCAAUUGCUAGGAAGGUCGAAUACCGAAGCGCGGUGGAGGUGCAUGUGCUGAUGAACCUUCCAGAGUUAGCGAUUGAAUUCCUGGACGUGUUCCCAGGGUUACUAGCUGAAUCAGAGCCCCAGCCGAAGAGGCACUGCCCCGAUGGAGAGGCGUUGAGCAGCAAGGCAGCGGGAGAAGUUACUCCCCAGGUUUCGAGAUGGCGCGUGCACUGUUACGCCUUCUGUAGGGACCCUAGGCCGGAGCAAGAACUCAAGAUAUCCGACCUGCAAAUGUCGGCGGAAAGCCGCAGAGUCUUCUGCCGUUCAUGCGUCUCCAGCAAUGACUCACCACUGCCUUAUGAACUUCAGGUACGAGACGUGGCACCCAACAAGCAGAUGUACUGUCUGGCCUUCGAUUUACCCCCUGACGUCCUGUAUGGCGAACGCGGGAGCACUACAAGACGGGCAGGCGCGGAGCCUGCACCUCACUGA